GUGUGGAAACAUGCGGAGUGGUUGUAAAGACGGCACACUGCGUAGACUCGACCAUGCACCCCAGCCAAGGAACAUGCGAGGCUCCGGAGUUGCAACACUCCAGCCAUCUGCCGGCAAUGUAACCAUACCAUCUGUCAGCCAUCUGAGACAUUCGGCAACGUGAAAAAGCUCAUCGGUAAGAAGCCCUUUGCAUGGCUGUAAAGCUUCGUCUCCAUGAACCAGCCAAUGAACAAGACUACGUUCGGCCGAUAUGCACAGGGCACAGCCCUUGCUUGUGAUGACUCUAACAGCAUGCUUGAUAUCAAAGCAGUAUGCACAGAGCAAAGCACACACGUCAUGACUGCUGCAAAACCCCCACUUCCCCAGCUUUUUGGGGAUGACAUUUUGGCAAAACGACAUGGCGGGGACGCUAUACAAACCUUCCUUGCAGGACCAGUGACGUUUCUCGUGCCCGGUAUCGCCGGUGGUCCGAGACGUGUUCCUGAGCCGCGAACGCGUGUGCCAGUAUCCGUCAGGCACACCAGGUCAAUCCGUGCGCGUAAAUCUGAAGCCUCUCCGAAUACGGAACUCUGUCACACGUGUAGCUGUUGCAAGGCACAAUACUUUUCCCAAAGACUGGAGCAUUGUCGCGGAGGCACAUUGAAUCGUGGAUUCUCUGUACACGGCUCUGUCAAGUCGAGAAAUGACUCUGCCUUUCUACAGCCUGUCAUUACACUGCAAUCAUUGAGAAGGAGAGUCGAAGCUAGAAAUCUCAGCACAUGGGGAGACAAGCGAGUAAAGAAUAGAAUCAAGUUGAUUGUGGUUAUAGGAUAGCGAUCCGUUUCGUAUAGCGCAUUCCUUUCAAGACAUCUACUACACCAGCAAGAAAU